CCUGCCGACGUGAGGCAGUCGUUGACGUGGUCAGUCAGAGUUUCACUCCCACCUUGUGUGUUUGUUGAUCUGUGUGGAGUCCACUUCGUCGAGAAACAACCAUCUGGGCUCAGUUCUUGUCACAAUGCGUCUCACGACAGAGGAGAAGAUCGAGCUGGGACUCACAGAGCAGGGGACGGUCAACCCUGCGUUUGGGGUCAAAGACGGUGAUGAACAGCCACAGCUGACAGUUGACAUUGAGGAACCGCACACAGAAGCGCUGGAGGAGACUGUGGACAAAGAUGCAGAGUUGGUUUACUCCCUCAAUGACCGGCCGCCUUGGUACCUCUGCAUCCUGCUUGGCUUCCAGCAUUACAUCCUGGCGUUCGGGGGCAUCAUCGCGGUCCCACUGAUCCUGGCCGAGCCGCUCUGUAUAAAAGACAACAACAUCGCCAAAAGCCAGCUCAUCUCCACCAUAUUCUUCGUGUCGGGAUUAUGCACGCUGCUCCAGACGGCCGUCGGUACCAGAUUACCCAUACUCCAGGGUGGAACGUUCAGCUUCAUCACUCCGACCCUGGCCAUUCUCGCUCUGCCCAAGUGGCAGUGUCCAGCCCCGAAAGCAUCUGUGCUGCUGUCCGUGCAGCUGCAGAACAGCAGCAGCAGCCCGCUGCAAAUGGAGGAUUCUGGCGAGGUCUGGAUGUCACGAAUGCGUGAGAUCCAGGGAGCCAUCCUGGUGGCCUCUCUGCUCCAGAUGGUCCUGGGUUUUUCCGGACUGGUGGGUUUUGUGCUAAAAUACAUCGGCCCGCUGGCUAUCGCUCCCACCAUCAACCUCAUCGGCCUGUCGCUGUUCAUUGAAGCUGGGAAGAAGUCCGGAGGUCACUGGGGAAUCGCUGCUCUCACGGUCUGUCUGAUCCUCCUGUUCUCUCAGUAUCUCAGCAAAGUCGAUGUUCCAAUGAUCACUUACAAGGAUAAGAAGUGGAAGGUUUUCCAGUAUCCCCUCUUCAAGCUCUUCUCCGCUUUGUUCGGGAUGUGUGGCGCCUGGCUGGUUUGCUUCCUGCUGACCAUCUUCGACGUCUUUCCAUCAAAGUCCGCUGAGUACGGAUUCUCCGCCAGGACCGACAUCAGCCUGGACGCCGUGAGAAACUCUCCUUGGUUCCAUGUACCUUACCCAGGUCAAUGGGGUGUGCCCACAUUCAGCGUGUCUUCAGUGCUGGGUAUGAUGGCGGGCGUCUUGGCAUCUACCAUGGAAUCAAUCGGCGACUACUACGCCUGCGCUCGCUUGUCUGGCGCCCCUCCUCCACCGACUCACGCCAUAAACCGAGGGAUCGCAGUCGAAGGCAUCGGCUGCAUCCUGGCUGCACUGUGGGGGACUGGAAACGGCACCACCUCCUACAGCCAGAACAUUGCAGCACUUGGCAUUACCAAGGUUGGCAGCAGACUGGUCCUCCAGACAACCGGCAUUCUGAUGAUCGUCCUGGGGAUCUUUGGGAAAUUCGGAGCAGUUUUUAUCACCAUACCAGACCCGGUCAUUGGAGGCAUGUUCCUCGUUAUGUUUGGAAUGAUUGCUGCAGUGGGGAUAUCCAACCUCCAGUAUGUGGACCUGAACUCGUCCCGUAACCUGCUCAUCCUUGGCUUCUCCACAUUCAGCGGUCUUGUUUUACCGACAUGGUUUCACUCCAAUCCCGGCAUCAUUGACACAGGAAUAAAAGAGCUGGACCAAGUAAUUGUAGUGCUCUUCACCACACACAUGUUCAUUGGAGGAUUCUUCGGGUUUAUCCUGGACAACACUAUUCCAGGCACAGAUAAGGAGCGGGGCAUCAAAAGCUGGCGGGACAAGGCGCAACAAGAAAACAAAAACUUAUGUGAUGUGUCAUGCUACGAUAUCCCUUUCUGUAACGGUGUUUUGAAACGAUUUAGAUGUUUCCAGUACAUGCCCUUCCUCCCCUCUUACAAGACCACCCAAGAGGGGACAUCCUAGUAUUUAAGUUGUAUCUCACAGGGUAGCAUUAAUGCUGGCCUAUUAACCACAGUAGCAAUACAUAUUAAAUAAAUACAAUUCAAACCAUAUUAUUUAGGACUCAAUGUUCAAUACUUUUGUCCUUAUAGAGUAGAACAUUGAUUUAAACGUAUUAUUGAACUUCUAUAACAAAGUACUGAGAUUUGUGAAACAGAGAUUUUCAAGAUAAAACAUUUAGUUAAUUUAGAAACAUGUGUUUCUGCAACUUGUCCUGGGUGUGCUAAGCCUUUGGAGACGUUCAGCAUGCACACAGUCUUUGCAUUAUUCAUGUUUGGCCAACAGCUAAUUAAAAAUAAACUGACAUGUGUUCAAUAAACAGAUGCAACUGAUGCAAUUCAUAGGCAGGUGCAAAGAAUGAGUAUUCAAUGAACGUGUUAUGGAGCCGCUGGUUAGGUGUUACCAAUGUGUAGUAACCCAGAACUCUUCAGUAGGAUCAUUACUACCUCGUCAGCAACAUUAACAGAUAAUUAAUGGAAAGACAAUUUGUGAUUUCUGUUUUCUUUAACAUUUAAUUAUUAGAGUUACUGUCUUUAUACAUUUCCUUGUGUGUUUUGUCACUGUAUAAAAAGUACAUUUUUACAUUUCAGAAUAUAAAUACAAUUUUACUAAUUUUUUUACUAUUUUUAAUUGUUGGGUUGUUGUCAAAACAAUAUGUGUAAAUAAAUGUUAUAGAAAUAAAUACAUUCUGA